AUGGGCUCUAAUGGAUUUGAUCAUGUAUAUAUUGACAAGAAAACUGGUAAUUUAAUAAUUUUAGAAUCCAAAUUAACCACUAAAAGCAAUAAUCCAACUUAUGGAACAAGUGGUGGUCACAAACAAGGAACAAAAGAGUAUGUAAAUGACGUUGUUCAACGUAUGAAAGAAAGUAACCAACCUAUGACUAAAAUUGCUGCCCAGUUAAUAGAGAGAAAGGUUAGUGAAGGUAAGGUUGAUUUUGUAAUUCACCAUACCAAAAUGGAAGAAAAUGGAGAUUUUAUGGUACUGGGAAAUACUAAAUUUUAUAAAAAAGAGGGGCCAACUAGAGAGAAUUUCGAUAUGGUGUCCUAA